AAGCAUGUCCUCAGUUAUAAUCUUGAACUUGAAGCCCAUCAUUUGAAAAUUGACCGUGUAGUGGAUAUCUGAGGCAACAGUUGUGUCCAGUUGUUUAUGUCUCCUAAAGCCAGGGCAGCUUGAGUUUGAGCGUCUCCAAAGUUAUUAAGGAUUGACUACAUUGCAGGGAUGAUGGACAUUUACUUAUGUUUGAGACGAUCAUUCAGGAUGGUGGGCGAUAUAAGAAUGAAGACUAUUUCAAAUUUCCGGUGGCUGUUAGCCACAUUUGUUCUUCUGUAUCUAAUGAAUCAAGUAAAUAGUCAGAAAAAGGGGGCUCAUGACUUGAAGUGCAUAACUAAUAAUUUACAACUGUGGGACUGUUCGUGGAAAGCAUCCUCUGGAACAGGCCAUGGCACUAUUUAUGAAGUUUGUAUUGAAAACAGGUCCCAUUCUUGUUAUCGAUCAGAGAAAACAAAUAUUAAAAUCCCAGCUCUUUCACCUGGUAAUCAUGAAAUAAUAAUAAACUCUCUACAUGAUUUUGGAAGUUUUAAAAGUAAAUUUAUACUGAAUGAGAAAGACAUUUCCUUAAUUCCAGAUACUCCAGAGGUCUUGAGUUUGUCUGCUGAUUUCUCAACCUCUACAUUAUACCUAAAGUGGAAUGACAAGGGUUCUGUUUUUCCACGUCAUUCAAAUGUCAUCUGGGAAAUCAAAAUCCUACGUAAAGAGAGUAUGGAGCUCGUAAAAUUAAAGACCCACAACACAACUCUGAAUGGUAAAGAUACAGUUCAUCACUGGAGCUGGGCCUCAGACCUGCCCUUGGAGUGUGCCACUCAUUAUGUGGGAAUUAGAUGCUACAUUGAUAGUCUUCAUUUCUCUGGUCGCAAAGAGUGGAGUGACUGGAGCCCAGUGAAGAACAUUUCUUGGACUCCUGAUUCUCAGACUGAGGUUUUUCCUCAAGACAAAGUGAUACUUGUAGGCUCAGAUAUAACAUUUUGUUGCGUGAGUAAAGAAAAAGUGGUAUCAGCACAGAUUGGCCAAACGGAUUGUCCCCUUAUCCAUCUUGACGGGGAAAAUGUGGCCAUCAGGAUCCAUAAUAUUUCUGUUUCUGCAAGUAGUGGAACAAAUGUGGUUUUCUCAACACAGGACAGCAUCUUAGGAACAGUUAUUUUUGUAGGAUAUCCGCCUGAUAUUCCUCAAAAAUUGAAUUGUGAGACACGUGAUUUAAAAGAGAUUAUAUGUAGUUGGAAUCCAGGAAGACCAACAGCAUUGAUGGGCCCACGUGGAACAAGUUACACUUUAUUUGAAAGUUUUUCAGGAAAAUAUGUUAGAUCUAAAAGAGUUGAAGUGCCUACAAAUGAAAGCUAUCAGCUAUUUUUUCAAAUGCUUCCAAGUCAAGAAAUAUAUAAUUUUACUUUGAAUGCUCGCAAUCUUCUGGGUCAAUCAGAAUCAACAAUUUUAGUUAACAUAACUGAAAAAGUUUAUCUCCAUACUCCUACUUCAUUCAAAGUGAAGGAUAUUAAUGCAACAGCUGUUAUACUUUCUUGGCGUUUAUCAGGCAGCUUUGCAAAGAUUAAUCUUUUAUGUCAAAUUGAAAUUAGUAAAACUAAUUCAGUACAAGAAUUGCGGAAUGUCACUAUCAAAGGAGUAGAAAAUUCAGGUUAUCUCACUGCUGUGGGCAAGUUAAAUCCAUAUACUAUGUAUACUUUUCGGAUUCGUUGUUCUACUGAAACUUUCUGGAAAUGGAGCAAAUGGAGCAAUGAAAAACAACAUUUAACCACAGAAGCCAUUCCUUCAAAAGGGCCAGAUACUUGGAGAGAGUGGAGUUCUGAUGGAAAAAAUUUAAUAAUCUAUUGGAAGCCUUUACCUAUGAACGAAGCUAAUGGAAAAAUACUUUCCUAUAAUGUAUCAUGUUCAUCAGAUGAGGAAACACAGUCUCUUUCUGAGAUCCCUGAUCCUCAGCACAAAGCAGAAAUAGAAGUUGAUAGAAAUGACUACAUCAUCAGUGUGGUGGCAAAAAAUUCUGUUGGCUCAUCCCCACCUUCUAAAAUAGCUAGUAUGGAAAUUCCAAAUGAUGAUCUUAAAACAGAGCAUGCUGUUGGAAAGGGAAAGGGGAUUCUCCUCAGGUGGUAUCACAACCCCAAUGUGUCUUGUGACUACGUGAUUAAAUGGUGCAACUCAUCUCAGUCCAAACCCUGCCUAAUGGACUGGAAGAAAGUUCCUUCCAACAGCACUGAAGCUUUAAUAGAGUCUGAUCAGUUUCGACCAGGUGUAAGAUAUCAUUUUUUCCUGUAUGGGUGCAGAAAUCAAGGUUAUCAAUUAUUACGUUACAUAAUUGGAUAUAUAGAAGAAUUGGCUCCACUUGUUGCACCAAAUUUUACUGUUGAGGAUACUUCUGCAGAUUCAAUAUUAGUAAAAUGGGAAGAUAUUCCUGUGGAAGAGCUUAGAGGCUUUUUAAGAGGAUAUUUAUUUUACUUUGAAAAAGGAGAGAGAGACACAUCUAAAAUGAGGGGUUUGGAAUCAGGUCGUUCCGAUGUAAAGGUUAAGAAUAUUACUGACACAUCCCAGAAGACACUGAGAAUUGCUGAUCUUCAAGGUAAAACAAGUUACCACCUGGUGUUGCGAGCCUACACAGAUGGAGGAAUGGGCCCAGAGAAGAGCAUGUUUGUGGUGACAAAGGAAAAUUCUGUGGGAUUAAUUAUUGCCAUUCUCAUCCCAGUGGCAGUGGCUGUCAUUGUUGGAGUGGUAACAAGUAUCCUAUGCUAUCGGAAGCGAGAAUGGAUUAAAGAAACCUUCUACCCUGAUAUUCCAAAUCCAGAAAAUUGUAAAGCAUUACAGUUUCAAAAGAGUGUCUGUGAGGGAAGCAGUGCUCUUAAAACAUUGGAAAUGAAUCCUUGUACCCCAAAUAAUGUUGAGGUUCUGGAAACUCGAUCAACUGUUCCUAAAAUAGAAGAUACAGAAAUAAUUUCCCCAGUAGCUGAGCGUCCUGAAGAUAGCUCUGAUGCAGAACCUGAAAACCAUGUGGUUGUGUCCUAUUGUCCACCAAUCAUUGAGGAAGAAAUACCGAACCCAGUAGCGGAUGAAGCUGUAGGGACUUCACAAGUCAUCUACAUUGAUAUUCAAUCAAUGUAUCAGCCACAAGCAAAACCAGAGGAAGAACAAGAAAAUGACCCAGUAGGAGGAGCAGGCUAUAAGCCACAGCUGCACCUCCCCAUCAGUUCUACUGUAGAAGAUAUAGCUGCAGGAGGUGACGUAGAUGAAACUGCAGGGUACAGACCUCAGGCCAAUGUAAAUACUUGGAAUUUAGUGUCUCCAGACUCUCCUAGAUCCACAGACAGCAACAGUGAAGUUGUCUCGUUUGGAAGUCCAUGCUCCAUUAACUCCCGACAAUUUUUGAUUCCUCCUAAAGAUGAAGACUCUCCUAAAUCUAAUGGAGGAGGGUGGUCCUUUACAAACUUUUUCCAGAACAAACCAAAUGAUUAACAUGUCACCCUGUCACUUCAGUCUGCCAUCUCAAUAAGCUCUUAUUGCUAGUGUGACCACGUCAGCACUAAGCAUUCUUGGAGGGAUCCUGUGAAGUAUUGUUAGUGAGAUGGACUUCACUACGUGCGAGUUACACUAAAAGUGUUAAAGUGCUUUUAACAUAAUCUAAAAGCCAAAGUAUAGUGACUCAGAAUCCUCAGUCCACAAAAUUCAAGAUUUGGAGCCAUUUGUGAUCGAGCCAAAGAAUUCUCAAGUGCUCUACCUUCUAGAAGCAUUUCAAGCUUAAUACUGUCUAGUACAUAAAUGCAAAACAAAUCCCACAGUCACUGUUUUCCAUUCUGUUGUUAAUGGUUUCCUUGUAUGUAUGUUUUAUGGAACUGCAAAUGGAUUUGCGGGCAAGGAAGUAAAUUGUCAAAGUGACAAAUGAUGUUUAUUUUCCUGACAUUUACUCCAUUCUAGAUGAAAACCAAGCACAGAUUUUAAAAUGUUUAAGAUUCUCCUCCUCUGUCCAUAGCAUUUACAAAAAUUAAUAUAAUUUUUAAUGUAGCAACAGCUAUUUGGUGUUUUGUUUGAUAAAAUAUGCUGAUUUCUGUGCCUACUGUAUAAUGGUUAUCAAACAGUUGUCUCAGGGGUACAAACUUGGAAAAUGAGUGUGACACUGACCAGCCCCAAUCAGAAUUGUGUUUCCUUGCUUUGUAGGUUUUUCAAACUUUUCUAUUAUUUUUUAACUUUUAUGUUAGCUUCCAUUAUUGCAGUUGGUUGCCCUAAUAUUUGAAAUUUAAAUUUCUAAACCUGUAGAUCCAAGUUUUAUUUUUAAAUUCAUUUUAUUUUGUGAUACAGUGUCAGCUUUAUAUGAGCAAAUUCAAUAUUAUUUAUAAGCAUAUACUUCCAGUGAUUUACUAUGUCAGAUGACUACUAAGCAAUAUCUAGCAGCAUUAAUUAUCCAUGUAGUUUUAAUUGGCUUUAGUGCCUCCUGCAAAGACCGUAUUAUUGAGCCCAUAGUCCUGGCAGUGACCUUUGCCACCUCCUUGCUGGUGUUCCUCCUGCUUGUGAGUCUUAGCACUUCCUCCUUAAAUGAUCAGUCCCGACUCUAAUCCAGUCCUCAAAUUUUCAAAUAUAGAACUAAAGAGAUAAUGCUUCUUAUAAGAACAGUUACUCAAGGGCUAUUUCCUCUGUCAUUAAACUGAUUCAAAUCAAUGGGCAUACCUGUAGUACAGGUGCAGCAUUUGCCAGGUGAGCUCUGCAGUGCAGUUGUCUUCAUUGCAGCAUCCUCUGCCCACCCUUGUUUCUCAUAAGUGAUGUCUAGGGUGAUUGUGGUUCUUUGAAAAGCAGAAUAAAAACUAAAAAGUGUAUCCAGUAUUUUCCCUGC